AAAGGGAGCAGAUUAUCAAACGCAGUAGCACUCCCAACCAAAAGCAAAGAUGCAAAAACUGUAACAAAAUCUUCAUUUUUUUAGCUUUAUUUUGGGGGGUUGAUCGAAAAUGGCGAACCAGUUGGAGAGCUUGGUGGAAUUAAUAAAGUCAAAGGUAAGGGCUCUAAAGAAGUCAAAGAAUAAGCCCUACAUUAAGAUGGAUAAGAGCUCCAGCGUUAAGGUUGAGAUUCGCAGCAGAAAGGCCAGGAAGCUCAUCGACAACACCUUGAAGGCCGCUGAUCGGCCCGGCAAACGCACCCUUUCAUGACCACCACCACGUCGUUUCGAUUCUGUGUGCGUUUUGGGACGUUACGAAAUAUAACGUCGGAACCGUUUCGGAUUGGCAAACCAGAAGAAAUAUCCAAAUAUGCUUCUUCUU